GUCUUCUCCUUCUCCUUGCUCUCUCUGUCUCGUCGCCGGCGGCAAAUUAAAUUGGCAUCAUAUUGUUCACUCCUAAAUCUGCAAAAACAUUGCAACAGAAGCAAAAAGGUCAUCUUUUACUUCUCUUAGAACCCUUAAUUUCGAGAGCGCCUCUUUGCAGUCUACAAUUCACAGAACGAGCUCUUUUAUUGCAAAACCCAAAGAAUGUCGAGAAUAUGCGUAAAGGAAUUGCCUAAACGUAUUACAGAGGAACGACUUCGAGAUGUCUUUUCACAGAAAGGAGAAAUCACAGACGCUAAAGUGAUACGUAACAAUGAAGGUAUAAGUAGAUUUGCUUUUAUUGGAUUUCGAACUGAGCAUGAAGCUCAAGAAGCUAUUAAGUAUUUCAACAAGUCUUAUCUUGAUACUUCUCGGAUAUCUGUUGAGCUUGCUUACAAAGUCGGAGAUGAGAACGCUCCCCGUCCCUGGAGUCGUCAUACACUCAAGAAAGAAGCGAAAGCUAAUGAAAACAGUGAAAAAUCUUCUAAUGGAAUCUUAACCAAAAGAGGCGAAAAGAUUAAGAAUAAACCAGAGGCUGAUGAUCCUGACCUCCAAGAAUUUCUUGAAGUUAUGCAGAGGGGUAAGUCGAAAAUCUGGUCCAAUGACACGUCGAUUGCUCCUGGCGCUGAAGCAACCAGCAAAAAGAAUGCCUUGGUGAAGAAAACGGAUGAGCCUAUGGUUUCCAUUGGUGCUGAGCCUGACAAAGCUAAAAGAUCAUCAGAUACCGUAAAGACUAAAAAGAAGAAGAAAGCUGUUGCUCCCACUGAUGAUGUUUCUGAUGCGGAAUACUUCAAGAGUAGGAUUAAGAAAAAUAUUUCGGAUUCGGACAGUGAUAGUGAAACUGAUAGUGAUGAAGAUGAAGCUGGUGAUGCUGAGCUUGCGGGGAAUGAUGAUGGUGAAGCUGACGCAGGCGGUCAUGAAGCUGAUAUUCGUGUUUUUCCCAUUGAUGGCGAUGAUGAAUCUGGCGGAUUUGAUAAAGAUGACAGUGACGAUGCCAUGGAGGUGGAAGCCGAUGCCAAGUUGGCUCAAGAAUCGAAAGCUGACAGUGAUGAUGUUCUUGACACUGGUCGGCUUUUUGUCCGUAAUCUGCCUUACACUGCAACAGAGGAAGAGCUUAUGGAACAUUUCAGCGAAUUCGGUGAGAUAUCAGAGGUCCACAUUGUAGUUGACAAGGAGACAAAAAGGUCCAAAGGCAUUGCCUACAUCCUUUACCCGAUUCCGGAAUCUGCGGCAAGGGCGAUGAAGGAAUUAGACAACUCAAUUUUCCAGGGCCGGUUAUUGCAUAUUUUGCCAGCCAAGCAUCGUGAAACGUCUGAUAAACUAGUGAAUGAGACUUCUAAUCUGCCGAAAACAUUCAAGCAAAAAAGGGAGGAACAAAGAAAGGCAUCUGAAGCCGGUGGAAAUACUAAGGCUUGGAAUAGUUUAUUCAUGCGGCCUGAUACUAUUCUAGAAAACAUAGUCAGGGUGUAUGGCGUAAGCAAGAGUGAGUUUCUUGACCGUGAAUCUGAAGAUCCUGCUGUACGCCUUGCUUUAGGAGAAACAAAAGUGAUUGCGGAGACCAAAGAAGCCCUUGCUAAAGCUGGAGUAAAUGUCGCUUCUUUGGAAGAUUUUGCUACUGGGAAAGGUGAUGAGAAGAAUCGAAGCAAACAUAUUCUCCUAGUAAAGAAUCUGCCAUUUGCUACCACUGAAAAGGAACUUGCUCAAAUGUUUGGAAAAUUUGGAAGUCUAGACAAAAUUGUUCUCCCUCCGACAAAGACGAUGGCCUUGAUUAUUUUCCUUGAAGCGGCUGAGGCACGUGCAGCUAUUAAGGGAAUGGCAUACAAGCGUUACAAAGAUGCUCCCCUGUAUCUGGAAUGGGCUCCUAAAGAUAUUCUUGAGCCAAAAACACAGCCCGAUAACAUUGAAAACAAUAGUAAUGUUGGAGAAAAUGAUGUGAGAAGAGUAAAUUUAGAGCAGCAGGUUGAAAUCGACACGGACAUAACUGAGUCAAAUGUCCUUUAUGUUACGAAUCUGAGUUUCAAGACAACUGAUGAGGGUUUGAAGAAGCAUUUGACUGAACUGGUGAAGCAGGGAAAGAUUCUGAGUGUUAAGAUAAUAAAGCAUGAAAAGGGUGGGAAGCAGGUUUCAAAAGGUUAUGGUUUUGUAGAAUUCGACUCUGUAGAGACAGCUACCAAUGUCUACAGAGAUCUACAGGGAACUCUUCUGGAUGAGCAUGCUUUGAAAUUGAGAUUCUGUGAACACAAGCGUAGUGACCAGGUUGGGAAAGGUUCUGACAAGGACAAAACUUCUACAAAGUUACAUGUGAAAAAUGUAGCUUUUGAGGCAACUCAGAAAGAACUAAGACAGCUUUUCAGUCCGUUUGGACAGAUCAAGAGUCUCAGACUUCCAAAGAGGAAUAUCGGACAGUUUGCAGGUUUUGCUUUUGUUGAAUUCGUGACAAAGCAAGAAGCUUCAAACGCGAAAAAAGCAUUGUCAAGCACCCAUUUCUACGGACGCCACUUGGUGCUCGAGUGGGCCAAUGAUGACAAUAGCAUGAAAGCGAUCCGAGAUCGUUCUGCUGCCAAGUAUCUGGAUCAAGAAAACGAUAAUCCAAAGAAAAGGAGAAUAGCUUAAUAAGCCAGGCCCUCUAUUAUAGUUAUACUGAUCAUGGUGUGAUAAGUCGCUAGCCAUGGUUUAAAUUUUGAUCUGUAAUGGCUUCAUCUACUUCUAUCAUUUUUGAUCAUGGUUUGUACUGAAAUGUGUUGUAUACAAGAUAUUUCUACAGAGUUUUUAGAAUUCUUUUUCAAUGGUCUAUUAAUUU